GAAUCUGUGAGAAGUCCGAAGUGUKUUGUCCCAAACGAUCAUUUACAGUAUCUCGUUCAAUCAACUGCACUGCACUUGUCGCUGUUCUACCAUAGACGUGCCGGUGAACGAUGCCGGAUGCAAGAAAGCCUAUCGCCAGUGCGGACGAUGCCACUUGCGACAAUAACAAUAACCGUGAUGGCGGAACUCCGAUCGACAAAAAGAAGCGAUCCCGGUUUCCCAGUCGCCACCACGAUGGAAUCGUUGGCACGGGGCACGAUUUGAUUGCCAACGAGCUCUUGUGCUGGUUGCUWCCCACGCACAUGGCAACGCAUCGUGUGAAAUUUGCGGUCGUCCUGAUCGGUUUGGUGUGUGUGUUCUGGCGCUGCUGGAGCGAUCUCGCCGCCGACGCAACGCCAMCGAAUUUCGAUCCGUCGUCGAUUCUUUUCCUGUCUUCGAUCGGGGCACUGGCUGCUUUCUGGGUGGUGUGGUAUUACAACUCCACGCUCUACGCGUCUGCGAAGCCGUGGAUGGAUCCGAGGGUUCCCGCAACGAACCGGGUGGAAAUGCACGUGCCCCUGCGCUUUUUCGAAUCCACUCUGCAGGCCCGGCGAGCUGCGUGUCUUCCGCAAAUGGYGUCCCGUCGGAGCACAACGGGACCCAUGGUUGCUACCGAACCGGAASUGCMUGUGUCCGGUACGGCGAAUCAUACCCAAAACGAAGAAGCUUCCCAUUCGGAUUCGUCGCCGGAGCUUUUGUCGUCGUCGUCGCCAUUGACUCCCAACGUUCUCUUGUUGGACGACAUGGAUUGGGAAUUUCAACUGCUGCCAACCGUCGAAGAAGCASUGGCACGCGUGGGCAGAGACACGAGAACGAGCAAGACCACCGACAAACGCCCGGGGGAUUGGUCCCCGAUUCGCGUUCCGGGAAAUUGGAUGCUGCAGGGGUUUGAUGAUGUUCCGAUCUAUACCAACCAGAAAUAUCCAUUUCCGUGCCAGCCACCCAUUGUUCCGCGUCGAAAUCCGACUGGAUGCUACAGAUUGUCCGUUCCGCUUCCCYCCGAUUGGCAGGCCGAACUGAACGAGGACGAUCAAUUUAGCAUCGUGCUCCACGGAAUCGAGUCGGCGUGUUUCGUAUACUGGAACGGCAAAGAAUUGGGUUUCUUCAAGGAUUCAAGAUUGCCUUCCGAAUACKUGAUUCCUUCUCAUCUCCUGUUGCCAGACGACAACGAAUCGGUACAUCGCAAUCCAGUCUUGCACUUGGUCGUAGUCCGGUGGUCGGACGGUAGGUGAGUCGAGUCGAGUCGAGUCGGGUUGGAACUGGAAUGCAACCGUGUUCUUGGCGCUCGUAUUGUUUUCUCGUGUGGCUGGAGUGAGUUGAAAGUCCAUUGCUUCCUAACAACGUUCUCGUUCUUGCAUCCAUCGCUACYGCACUGCGCUUCUAGCUACCUYGAAGAUCAGGAUCACUGGUGAGUACCCKCYAUUUCAUACAAUUAUGGAUUCAAAUGUACUUUGUAAUAGAAUUCACCGCAGAAAAAAAACCAUAACGCUCAGCAYGUUCUUGCGCUUCUAACUACAGGUGGAUGGCAGGGAUCCAUCGGAGUGUGGAGCUAAUACGCCGGCGUCAAGGAUCUGAUAUUAUGGAUUAUAGCGUACAAUCCUCGGCAUCUGGUGACUUGUCAGUAACGGUCAAGAUGCGAAAUGUCCAAUCGAUGCGGUUGACCGCUCGCUUGUUCUCGGAUGAACAAUUGACAGCCGAGGGGGAUUGGAAGGCCGCCCCCAACGAAAUAUGGUCUCAACAAAAGCUCACACCAAAAGGGUCGGAUGGAACUGUAACAGCAACAGCAACAGCAACAAAUGGAUCGAACGAAGAGAACCCAACCACGACAACGAUUAGUUUCGAAGGCCGCGUCGAUAACGUUCGGAGAUGGACRGCAGAAACACCAAAUUUAUACACGCUUGUUUUGGAACUGGAAAGGUUUCCCUCGCUCGGAUCCAAAAWUGGUCAAAAAUYGGAUCGCAAUUCUAGUCGAUCUCAAGGAAUAACCCAGGUAGAAUCCUGUCGCGUGGGCUUUCGCACAAUCAACAUCAAAGGUGGCAUUCUUUAUUGCAAUGGUAAACAAAUCAUGAUUUGUGGCAUCAACCGCCACGAACACGAUCCAGACCAUGGAAAGGUCGUUUCGCUGGACAGGAUGAAGCAAGACAUCACAGUGCUCAAGCAGAACAAUUUYAAUGCUAUUCGGACAAGCCACUAUCCUACCCAUUCUUCUUUCUACAAAUURUGUGAUUUCUACGGAAUGUACGUUUGCGACGAAGCCAACAUCGAAACGCACGGAUUGAAACCCAUGGGGCGACUGGCUCACGACAAGGGAUGGGAACAGGCAUUUGUGGAYCGUGUUCGGCGAAUGGUACAACGGGAUCUGAACCAUCCCUGCAUCAUCAUGUGGUCGUUGGGCAACGAAAGCGGCAGGGGUAGAAAUCUGGUUUCCGCUCGCCAAUCGUUGUUGGAUCUCGACACUAGUAGGCCCAUCUGCUACGAGAGCGGUGGAUCGUGGAGCGAGGGAAUCGGUAGAACGGAGCUGACAGACAUAGUGUGCCCUAUGUACCCAAAUGUUGACGAAGUUGUUCGUCUUGCAACCGAUCCYGAUGAGGACAGACCCAUCAUUUUAUGCGAGUACAGUCAUUCUAUGAACAAUAGCAACGGAAAUUUGCAUCUAUAUUGGCGCGCCUUUCGAAGGUUCGAACGUCUUCAAGGUGGUUUCGUUUGGGAUAUGAUUGAUCAAGGUUUGCGGAAAACUGCAAAGGACGGCAGAUCAUACUUUGGCUAUGGUGGUGACUUUGGAGUGGGGCAACCAUCUGAUCGACAAUUCUGUAUUAACGGGAUGUUUUCUCCGGACAGGGAUCCCCAUCCGAGUGUGUCAGAAAUCAAGUACCUACAACAGCCAAUAAGCAUUGAGGUUUUGGGAUCGAAGAAUACCACUAAUGYCACUUUGCCGUCUUCGCACGAAAUAAAGAUAGAAAAUAACACAGAUGCGACUCCAAUUCGCUUGAAGAUCAAUAAUCUGUACUCGUUUUCURACCURUCGCACCUCGAUUGGGAAUGGAAGCUGCACUGCAAUCACUCUACUGAACCUCUCAUGGUUGGUAGGGCAACUGACGAACACGACAUUGCAACCAUUGAUAUAAGUCCUGCAAUCAAGAACAUUCGCUCGGUCAUGAAAGAGGCAGAAGAUUUUUCAACAGUAUUGUUCUUUCUCGACAUCAAAGGAUUCCUUAACAAAGACACGACGUGGGCAUUGAAUGGACUUAUCUUAGCUACAGAACAAAUCCCUAUUACCAURAGUUUUGACACUAUACAUCCUUCAUCGAUAAUACCAGACGAAGGAUGCGAUAACGAACGAGAACCAUUGAGGUUGUCUUCCGAAAAGAAUAUGACGAAGGUAUCGAACGGCAAUAAUAUUCCUUUCAUCACAAUCGACCAUAAUACGGGAGGGAUCCUUUCUAUUGACUGGAACGGAACACCAAUUUUAGCUGGUCCAGUCAUUCCGAAUUUUAUGAGAGCUGCUACGGACAACGAUAGGGGAGGGGCGGAACUGGUUCUCRAGUUUUUGCUACUGAAACGGUUUACACCAAUCUUUCGACUUCUAUUCGGUCAUGAAGGAUUCUCCUAUGAGAUGAAUUGGAGACGAUGCGGCCUCAGCCUAGAUUCACCUCCGSUCAUUGUCUGUGACAGUAUUCGGGUCGUAGAGGAGCUUGAUGAUCUUGUGCAGAUAGAAGCAUUGGUUUCCAUUUUAUCAAAGGAAUCAGGGAAGACAAUCAUUGAGCAGGUCUGGACUUACGAGAUCUACCGAGACGGAAGAAUUUCCCUCGCCAGCAAAGUAAAACCAGUUGCUCGUGUGCCGUUUCUACCAAGGGUCGGAUUUUCGUUUCGCUUGAAUCCAUCCUUUCACGCAGUCCAAUAUUUUGGUAGAGGACCGCUCGAAAACUAUCCGGACAGAAAAAGUGGAUCGAAUGUUGGCUGGUGGAAAACAUCGGUGUCAAAUAURGGAUACGACUACAUCGUGCCGUCUGAGAACGGAAGUAGAUCAGAUUGUCGACAAAUCUGCUUCGAAUCUGGUAAAGAUGGUGGCAUCACUGUACUUGCUGAUUCUCGUACUACCUUUAGUUUCAGUGCACUACUCCAUAGUGCGACUGAGAUCCACCAUGCAUCCCAUACUUGCGACUUAGAUCGGCGCACGGAUGGAAAGCACCCCAUCUUCGUCAGCAUAGAUCAUCAACUGAUGGGGUUGGGCGGUGAUGAUAGCUGGUCUCCCUGUGUGUAUCCAGACUUUCUUGUKAAGGGUGACCGAGAGUACAGCUACAAAGUAUGGUUUGUCAGCAUUCCUCCAGGAGCAAAAGGCUGAUGGUUUGUUUGUCAAUAAAGCAGAGUUUUGAUGCUGUUGYAGACUAGAUAAAUCGUAAAUAUGAAA